AUUGAAACAGGGACUUCCCUGAGCCUCCAUCAUCUACACCGAGAGAAAAAACACUCUCACACACACAGCCUCCCACAUACACACACACACGCACUCUGUGCUGAGAGCUAGCAAGGGGCUUUAAACAGAUCACACUCAGUAGAGACAAAGGGACUGUAACUUGCCACAAUGGAGGAAAACAUGGAUGAAUCGCAAAGCCAGAAAGGUUGUAAAGAGUGCUGUGAGCGCUGUGUGGGUAGCCUGCCCUGGGCCUCGCUCAUCGCCACCAUUCUGCUCUACAUGGGGGUGGCCCUGUUCUGCGGCUGCGGCCACGAGGCUCUGAGUGGCACCGUCACCAUCCUGCAGAACUACUUUGAAGUCAUCCGAGCCCCGGGAGAAACUCUGGAUGUGUUUACCAUUAUUGACAUCCUGAAGUACAUCAUCUAUGGCCUUGCAGCUGGGUUCUUUGUGUUUGGAGUGCUGCUGCUGGUGGAGGGCUUCUUCACCACGGGCGCCAUCAGGGAUCUGUAUGGAGAGUUCAAGAUCUCUGCCUGCGGACGCUGCCUGACUGCAUUCCUGAUGUUCCUGGCAUACCUGUUCUUCCUGGUGUGGCUGGGGGUGACGGCCUUCACCAGCCUGCCGGUCUUCAUGUACUUCAACGUGUGGUCCAUGUGUCAGAACACCAGCCUGGUGGAGGGAGCCAACCUCUGCCUGGACCUGCGUCAGUUUGGAGCGGUGACCAUCUCUGAGGAGAAGAAGGUGUGUACAGGAUCUGAGAAGUUCUUCAAGAUGUGUGAAUCCAAUGAGCUGGACCUGACCUUCCAUCUGUUCGUGUGCACACUGGCAGGAGCAGGAGCCGCUGUCAUCGCCAUGGUCCACUUCCUGAUGGCUCUGGCUGCUAACUGGGGAUAUCUGAAGGACGCCAGCCGGAUUCAGAAGUAUGAGGACAUCAAGUCCAAAGAGGAGCAGGAGCUGCACGACAUCCACUCUACACGCUCCAAAGAACGCCUCAACGCGUACACAUAAACACACACCUAUGGAGAAAGAACACACACACACACACACACACACACACACACACACACACACACACACACACACACACAUGCCUAAACACACAAUACAUGGGUUAAAUGCAAACAAUGCAAACAUGGAUUCAAAUAAUGAUUAGUAUGCAGAAACAUUAUGACUAGAAAGACACAAUGCAGUAGAUCAUUGGCUCGGUGAUCUAUGCUAACACUUUAGCAUCUGCUAUGUUGGUUUGCUCCAUUCUUUUCUUCACCCUGACGUUUGAGUGAAAGGCCUCACGAUGUACCUCAGAAAGCACUUCCCUCCUCAGAGGAGAGGAGAUUGCAAUCUGCUAAAUCUGAUAACAAGAUAGCUGAAUUAGAAAUGUUUCAAAAGGAAGUCUGGCUAUGAACUGUAAGGUCUUCGUGAUAUUUCUAUUAAGCCUACAUUUACCAAGGCCGGCCUAAGACUUUUGGGGCCUUAAGCGUGCAACCCUAACCCUAACCCUAACCCUAACCCUAACCCUAACCCACACCCCAAUUCACCAAAGUAGCUGUGCAAUGUGGGAAUGUGCAGAACAAUCAACGGAAACUGGCCUAAAAUCAUAUAAGGCAACCAAAAUAACCAUGAGGUGGCACUUCAACUUUUGCAAAAUAAAAGAAAGCACAGUGCAUGUUAAACAUCGCACAAGAAACAUGCAAGAUAAUAACAUUAAAAGAAAGAAAAACAAUGAGCAGAAGACCCCAAAGAGAUGUAAUUUCAUCUGAUUGUGUGUUGCCUGGAGCAUCCAGUGUGCUGAUGUUUGGGCCAGCUGGGCUUUUCCUUUUUCUUUUUUCCUGAAAAGUAAAAAGAACAUUUUUCUUUGUUUUACUGGCUGACCAUCCAUCACUAAGCGUAGCCAUAUAUUAAACUAUAGCAUGGUGACCACCACUGCUGUCUGCAGAUCUGCUGAGAGAAGUUAGCAUGGCACACACAGUCAACAAUCUACAGAGCACACACACACACGCACACGCACACACACACACACACACACACACACACACACACACACACACACACGCGCGCACACACACGCGCACACACAUGCGCACACACACACACACACACACACACACGCACACACACACAUACUCAUAGAUGUGGCUGAAUGGUCGGUGUUGUAUGAUGGUGUCAUGCUGUGUCGUGUCGUAUCGCCACAUUAUGAUGACAGUAUUGCAGAUAAAUAUGGUGCCCAAGGAGAUGAGAACCUCCUGGGUACAAAUGGGUAACUUUGAUAACUGCCCCCUCUAACCCGACCCAUCCUCAACUGGAGCCCGGUUUCAUUAGGGAUUCUUCUUCCACCCACUGGUAUGUCUCACAGGUGUGGGGUUACUGAAAGGAAAAAUAUUUUAUUGUGAUCAUAAUGAACGAUAUGUUGAUUGAGAAUAGUCUCAGAUGAAGAUGAUGUCAGAAAUGAUCCCAUGAUAUCGCUUUAUUCUACUCUAUAAGUCAUGUCGGGUUCCUUAAGCUCACUGCGUUAAAGCUCUUAAGGUCAUGUCGAACAACUAGUGAAACGGGGGCUCUGUGUGUCCCCCUCUCCAGUUUGUGUAAACUGGUGAUGUGUCCUCAGAAACAGCACAUCUUAGCAGCACAAAGUAUUUUAAACAUGUGUAUGUCAUGUUCUCAUCAGUCUGAUGAAUAAUGUUUUUCUCACUUUUUGGAAUUUUGCCACAUUUAUAUCAGUAUUAUUUAUGUGUAAUUUUGAACAUUGAGGGUAUUUUAACGGGGUAGGUGUGUGUGGGGGGGUGGGGUUAUAUCACUUUCACAUGUUCAUGUAAUGAUUCAUAAUGAUAUAUCUAAGUGGUUCUGCACACGCACACAAAUACACACAAAACACAUGCACAUGCAUAUGCACCAAAUAUCUUGAGAGUUUCUUUUGAUUUGAUUUUUAUAUUUCCUUCAACAAGCCCUAAUGAGACCAAAAUGACCAAUCAAUUGUACGAUUGAUUUGAAAAAUCACUACUAAAUACUAAUAUUCAUCUGGUCUUUCGUGAGGUGAACAGCUGUGAGUUCUGGAAGGUGUGUUGGCAUCAGUGAAGCUGUGGAGUCACGUGCCUCUUAUUAAGAGUUGUUAAGGAAUGCUCGGUAAGGAGUGGCAUCACUUGAGCUGUGGGAACACUGAUUCAUUCAGAAAAGGAGAAAAAGGAAAUCAAAGGUCUGGAAGUGCUGAAAGAAACAGGAGAAUGAGAUACAACUAAACAGAAGUGGCUGCUGGGAUUGAUGAGGAGGAGGGUUGUUAUGGAGACCAGGAGGGAUGCGCUGAUGGUUCAGCACAGAUCUACACAGUGUUUGCCUUAAGGCUGUUCCUAGUUCAGAUCUCAAAGAUCUGCUUCUCCACUAGAUGGUGACUCUUUUGAUCAGCAGAAGUACACCUGCAGGGUGAAACUCAAAUAACCAUCUUAGAUGGGAACUUUAAAUAAGGUUUAAAGAAAGAGAUACAUUUAUAUCAGCGUUCUGAUUCAGAUUAGGAUUUUUGAUUCCAAUUUACAUUUGACUUGCUGCUCCUUUUUGAGAGGCCAAUUAGACUUGAGUCAGAUCAUUGAGUGACAACCUUUACCUAUUCACUACAAACGUUUAACUAUAUGUUUUUUGUUGUUGUACAUAUGCAGUGUAUACAGCAAUUUAUAUUGAAAAUAGGAGUUCAUAACUAAAAUAGUGAUUGUGGAUGGUCAGUGUACAGGGCUAUUCUGUUUCAAUCAUAUGUGUAGUUAUAGAGCUGUAAGGAGUGAGGACUCUCUAUCUGCCAGUAGAGAUGACUGAGAACCUGUCUGUCUUCUGAUAUCACACACACACACACACACACACACACACACAC